CUUUGACACGAACGCCGGAAAAAUGAGAAAAAUUUGCUCAUUUGACAUUAAUUACAUUCAACCAUGAACAAAGCGGCCUGCGUGACUGUACGGGAUGCGUUGAACAAAAAAGUUGCAUAAAUCUUUUAGAAUAACAGAAAAAUAGUGCGAAUUGAUAACAACUGUAUUUGAAAGUGUGGAUUGCAUAAAUUGUCACUCUUCACGAUAACAGUUGUGUGUGUGUUUUCGUAGAGCGUUGUUUGUUGUGUGUAUGUGCAGUGCAACCAAACCCUAUCGGCAGCCAUUUUCUAUUGCAAAGGCAAGCCGCAGUGAAACUCAGCGAAGCGGUGUUUGAAGUGCUUAUGCUAUUAAUGGAUCGAUGGUUUUCUGAAGUUUGUGCUGGUUGUGCUUACUGGCCAUUGUAAAUACUUUAUAACUAGAUUGUGAUUAACGUACAUCGAUGGCUAGCCCCACGCCACAAAAUAGUCCAAUGCCUCCACCGCAAGCACCAUCGCAAAGCCCUGCACCAUCACCUUCGCCUCACAGUCCUUACCAGCAGGCACCUCCUCCGCCGCAUCCUGGUCAAAGUCAGGUACCGUCUCACAUGCCAACCCCUGGUCAUCAUGGACCCCCGCAACAAGGACCUCCACCCGGUCCACAUAUGUCAAUGCAAGGACCUCCGCCGCCACACGGGACGCAACCACCCAAUCCUCAUGGACCUCCACCACCGCAGCACCCAUCACAUAUGAAUGGACCACCUCCGGGCCCGCAGGGUGCUCCUGGACAUGGCCCGGGAGGACCACCUCAUCAUAUGCCUCCGCAAGCAGCCCAACAUAUGCCACAACAUCCACCACAUCCUGUAAUGGGUCAUUCGGUUCCGCCACAUCCCGGUAUGACCGGGCAUCCGGGGCAAGGUCCACCUUUGCCACCAGGAAUGGUACCGGGGGGCUAUCCAGGCCAUUCAAUGCCACCAAAUGCGGGACCUCCACCACAAGUUCCGAUGCAAGGUGUGGGUGGACCCGGACCGGGACAAGCAAUGCCUCCCGGAGCUGCGAACCCUGGAUUGAUGCCUGGAGCGGGACCUCCACCACCUCCGGGUCAGGAAAAUUUAAACGCGUUACAAAGGGCAAUUGACUCCAUGGAAGAGAAAGGAUUGCAAGAAGAUCCGCGCUAUUCACAGCUGCUAGCAUUACGUGCUAAUUCUAAGCAACAGAAUCUAAAUGCUCCACAGCUCCAUCAAUUGCGCGGUCAAAUCAUGGCUUACCGCUUGUUGGUUCGCCAUCAGCCCAUAAGCAAACAGUUGGCUUCACAAAUUUUAGCCCAACGGUCCGAUGGCACACCGCCACAAUGUCCCACACCGCCAGCCAGUCCGUAUCCGAACGCUGCCGGAGGACCAUCACCACAACCGGGAAUGCCGCCACAAGUCGCGCAACAGCAAACGCAACCGCCACAUCAGCAACAGGGUCCCCAGCAACAACAAACGCCAGGACCUCCACAGAUUCCGAAUCAUCCUGGAGGACCGUCACCUGUCAUGCAGGGUACGCCAGGAAAGCAGGGACCACCGGGAACGUCAGAUGCGAUUGGUUCCAACAAACCUCCGGUAGGCACGGGUGGGGGUAUCCCUCCUAAUCAAAGCCCAAUGCCAGGUAUGACAAUGGGUGGUCCACCCCAAGUUGGACAUGGCCCGCACCAUCAGCAGCAACAGCAGCAACAACAACAGCAAAUGCAACAGCCACAUUCAGGUGCAUCACACGUGCAUCCGCAACAGCAAUUGCUAAACUCAGUCGGCCAACCUGCCCGUCCCAGCUCACAAGGACCUGCUGGCGGUCCGGGUCCAAGACCGGCGGCGCAAGCGCCAACGAUGCAACCGAUGCCGAAGCAAAACCGCGUCACCACCGUUGCCAAACCAGCCGGGCUAGAUCCGUUAACAAUAUUGCAAGAGCGCGAGAACCGUCUGGCCGCACGAAUAGCACUCCGUCUGGAAGAGCUUAAUAAUUUGCCAGCCUCAAUGCCGGAAGAUCUACGAAUGAAAGCACUAAUAGAGCUGCGAGCACUACGUGUUCUGAACUUUCAGCGGCAGCUACGUAGCGAAAUUGUCCAAUGUACACGACGCGACACAACACUCGAAACGGCCGUCAAUGUAAAGGCGUAUAAACGUACCAAACGGCAAGGUUUGCGAGAGGCACGUGCUACGGAAAAGCUAGAGAAACAACAGAAACUCGAAGCGGAGCGCAAACGGCGCCAGAAGCAUCAGGAAUUCUUGGCCUCUGUGUUGCAACACGGCAAAGAUUUUAAGGACUACCAUCGCAAUAAUAUCGCUAAGCUGGGUCGCUUGAACAAGGGCAUCAUGAACUACCACGCGAAUGCUGAAAGAGAGCAGAAGAAGGAACAGGAGCGUAUUGAAAAAGAACGUAUGCGUCGAUUGAUGGCGGAAGAUGAAGAAGGUUACCGUAAGCUUAUCGAUCAGAAAAAGGACAAACGUUUGGCGUUCUUGCUUUCGCAAACGGAUGAGUACAUCAGCAACCUUACCGAGAUGGUCAAACAACACAAGGUGGAUCAAAAGAAAAAGCAGGACGAUGAGGUACAGCGCAAGAAGCAGCUAAAACGUCACAUUCUCGAGAGCGGUGAUAUCGAGCAUUUGGAUGAACACUGCGAGGCAUCGGACUGUCGCGUGACGGUGAUGGAAACAGCUACCGGCAAGAUGAUUUCAGGUGAUGAUGCACCGUUCUUGCGUGAUCUGCACAGCUGGCUACAAUUGCAUCCCGGCUGGGAAUAUGUUAUUUCCGAUGGUGACGCCGACGACGAUGAGGAGGAAUCCGAAGGAGGUAAAAAGAAAACGCGCGAACAGGAGCUGACCGACGAUGCCAAGACGAAAGAAGUCAUCCAAAAGGCGAAGGUGGAAGACGACGAGUACAAGACGGAAGAGCAAACGUACUACAGCAUUGCGCACACGGUCCACGAGAAGGUCACUGAGCAGGCAUCGAUUCUAGUGAAUGGCAAGCUGAAGGAAUAUCAGAUCAAGGGCCUCGAGUGGCUAGUAUCACUGUUUAACAAUAAUCUCAAUGGCAUAUUGGCAGACGAAAUGGGUCUCGGUAAGACGAUUCAAACGAUUGCUCUGGUCACCUAUUUGAUGGAGAAGAAGAAAAACAACGGUCCAUACUUGGUUAUUGUUCCACUUUCAACACUCUCGAAUUGGGUGUUGGAAUUCGAAAAAUGGGCCCCAGCAGUCGGUGUAGUUGCUUACAAAGGUUCUCCAGCUGGCCGUCGUGCCGUUCAGAAUCAAAUGAAAGCAACCAAGUUCAAUGUGCUGCUGACUACUUACGAAUACGUGAUCAAGGAUAAGGCGGUACUGGCGAAGAUCUCCUGGAAGUACAUGAUUAUUGACGAGGGUCAUCGAAUGAAGAAUCACCACUGCAAGUUGACGCAAGUGCUUAACACUCACUAUAAUGCGCCACAUCGACUGUUGCUUACAGGCACACCGUUACAGAACAAACUUCCCGAGCUGUGGGCUUUGCUAAACUUUUUGUUACCCUCUAUUUUUAAGUCCUGUUCUACAUUCGAGCAGUGGUUUAAUGCACCAUUUGCUACAACAGGCGAAAAGGUGGAGCUAAACGAGGAGGAGACAAUUCUCAUUAUUCGCCGUCUGCAUAAGGUGUUGCGUCCAUUCCUUUUGAGACGUUUAAAAAAAGAGGUCGAAUCGCAGCUGCCAGACAAGGUAGAGUACAUCAUCAAAUGUGACAUGUCCGGGUUGCAGCGCGUGCUGUACAAACACAUGCAGAGCAAAGGAGUGCUAUUGACCGAUGGUUCCGAGAAGGGCAACAAGGGCAAGGGUGGUGCGAAGGCUCUCAUGAACACGAUUGUCCAACUGCGUAAGCUCUGCAAUCAUCCGUUUAUGUUUCAGCAUAUAGAGGAAAAAUAUUGCGAUCAUAUUGGUGUCCAAGGAACGGUCACUGGUCCGGAUCUGUACCGUGCGUCCGGCAAAUUUGAACUACUGGAUCGUAUCCUACCUAAGCUGAAGGCUACCGGACAUCGAGUACUACUCUUCUGUCAAAUGACUCAAUGUAUGACGAUUAUAGAAGAUUACCUCUCGUGGCGAGGCUUCGGCUACCUCCGUCUGGACGGUACCACCAAGUCAGAGGAGCGUGGUGAUUUACUGAAAAAGUUCAAUUCGAAAAAUUCCGAUUACUUCCUCUUUCUGCUGUCGACACGUGCCGGUGGAUUGGGUUUGAACCUGCAGACGGCAGACACGGUCGUUAUUUUCGAUUCCGAUUGGAAUCCCCAUCAAGAUCUGCAAGCACAGGAUCGUGCGCAUCGAAUUGGGCAACGAAACGAGGUGCGCGUUUUGCGGCUCAUGACUGUGAAUUCUGUUGAGGAGCGUAUUCUGGCAGCCGCCCGCUAUAAGCUCAACAUGGACGAAAAAGUCAUUCAGGCCGGCAUGUUCGAUCAAAAAUCGACCGGCAGCGAACGGCAACAAUUUUUGCAAAGCAUUUUGCACCAGGAUGAGAUGGACGAAGAAGAGGAAAACGAGGUACCAGACGAUGAGAUGAUUAAUCUAAUGAUCUCACGUACCGACGAUGAGUUGGAGCUAUUCAAGAAGAUGGAUGCCGAACGAAAGGCGGAAGAAGUGAAGCCUCGUCUAUUGGACGAAGCUGAACUUCCCGACUGGCUGACGAAGGAUGACGAGGAAGUAGACCGAUGGGAUUACGAGGAAGAGACGUCGAUUUUGGGUCGUGGUUCGCGUCAGCGAAAGGAAGUAGAUUAUACCGACAGCUUGACGGAGAAAGAGUGGCUUAAGGCAAUCGAUGACGGAGCCGAUUUUGACGAGGAGCUCGAGGAAGAGGAACGAGAAAAGAAAAGAAAGGGACGGAAGCGAAAGGGCAGGGGAAGAGAUGAUUCGGACGACGAGAGCAUUGUUUCGACGAUGACGAAACGCAAGAAGGGCAUCACCGAUCCGAAGAUAAGGAAGCAGAUGAAAAAGGUACUGAAAGCCGUUAUCAAGUACACCGAUGCUGACGGACGCGUGCUGAGCAAACCGUUCCUCAAGUUACCUUCGAGACGUGACUUACCCGACUAUUACGAGGUGAUCAAGAAACCGAUCGAUAUCAAGAAAAUAUUGGCACGCAUUGAGGAGGCGAAAUACGUCGAUUUUGCAGAUUUGGAGAACGAUUUUUUCCUAUUGUGUCAAAAUGCUCAGACGUACAACGAAGAGGCGUCACUCAUCUAUGAAGAUAGCCUAGAGUUGCAGUCGGUGUUUAGCAAUGCAAAGGCAAAGAUUUUGGACACUCAUGAGGAAGAGGAGUCCAACGAGGAAGAGGAAGAUGAAUCGGAUGAGGAAGGAGGCAGUGUGAAGAUGAAACUUAAAAUAUCAAAAGGAUCAACAUCGUCCAGCUCAUCCGCAAAGAAAGCGACACCUGUAAGGAGGAAGCGGGCGCAGAAAAAAUAUACCAUCUCGGACGAUGAUGACGAUAUUGAUUAAAUGUGCGGAACAUUUGCAAAGGAUCUAUCUUUUACUGACAAAUAGCGGCAAACGGAUGUAUUUGGAGGUUUUAGGUCAGUGUGUGUGUAUUACGAUCAUAAGUAACUUUAAAUACAAUGCGCUACACUUUAGUUCUACAAAUUACAAAUACACAGGGCACAUUUAAAUAGGAGCCAAGUCUAUCCUUAACGUAUAAUUUAUCCUUUUAAUCCUAUUGCGUCAUUAACUGUGCAACAAAGGUGAGAUAAUGCUACGUAUCUGAUGCACCGUAUAUGGAGAUAAAGAAUUGAAAAUGAUUAUUUUUUUAUAUAAAUAGGUUAUGCUUUCAUACAGAAAUUAAAAAACAAACAAAUAGAUUGAUCUGGCUUGUUACCGACCACCUAUUUACGAAGGCAAAUUCCUUUCAGUAUCAUUCUGUGCUGUAUCAUCAAUUCAUAGAGUUCAUAGAUGGUAUAAUCUUUUCUUUUAGUGAGGUGAAUAUUUAUAGCUCUGUGUUACUGUAGCUAGUACAUGCGUUUUAAUCGCCGUGUAAAGACAAACCACGGAAGAAUUGGGUUUCUUUUUCCUUAAGCACUCUGAUAGGAAGUGGCGUCUUUGCCAUGCAACUAUUAUUAAUCUUAUUAGACAGGCUUGUAUCGCUCGGAUCUAGUUAUUAAUAAGUGUAAUGGAAUCAACAUAAAAA